GGUUAAGGUUACGAUCUACCACCGUUGAGGUUACUAACCGCACCGGAGCCACCGCCCAGGUAUAUCGAUGGCCGGUAAUGUCGAGAAAAUGGUGGCCGCACCGAAAUCGACAGCGAUCCAUCAGAAGCUCGUCUCUUGGCUCGGAACCGCAAUUAGCCUUCUGCUGUUCUGGCAGUACUCGAUCCCUUUCUUGAUCAACCUCUCGGCGUCCGCCUCCUUCUUCGCUCUCCUGAGCGACGCCCCAAUUUCGCUCGCCGUCCCUGUCACCAACGCCACGACUUUCGCUGCCACGGCCGUAUGAUGAUAGGGGAAGAAACUCGAAUUGGGUUUGCUUUGAUCGAGCUCAGCUGUUUGUAUGCAGGAGAUGUCCACCAGUUAGCUGGGCUACUGACAGCACACUGGGUGAUGCUGGGAGGUCCAUUCCACUUGCAAGCCCUAGCUCUGAAAUUGCGGUACCUGGCUAUGAAGGGAGCUGAGUUCCAGUCGAUCUUCUCCAAGCCUCCUCUGGUUGCCCAGUUAUCAGCAUUCCAGAGACUAGAUAACUGUUCCUGCAGAGUUCCCAGGCACCAACUUGAUCAACAUCUCAAUGCUGCCAAACAAGAAUGCCCGUUUCGACUGAAUUGCAGAGCCUGAGGAUUAAAAAAUGAUUGGUAAUCAAGUGAGCCGCUAUAUAUCUAAGGCGAUCAACUCUAUUCGGAGCCUGAAGAUUUGAGAUUUAUGCAAACAAGUUACCUGAUGUUUUAUCCAAUACCAGCUGGAGUUCCUCGCCGUUUCCUGAUACUGAGGCAUGGUGAGCGCCCCAAGUGAAGUAGGUGCUUUUGGAGAACUUAGCAUCAACGGAGGUUGGAUGGAAUGCUACUAUUGCAAGCACAGACAGAGCUACAAGUAGAGGGUGACUAAAACUUGCCAUUUUCAACUCCAGAAGCCACAAGGUUUCUGCUAGCUGCUAGCUCCUGUUUUUCUCAGUUGAAAUAAUAAUGGGGUUGGAUCGAUGCUUUUCCUCGACUAUUGUGGAUGGCUUUUAUAGGAUCUUAUCAAUGAGGUUGUCUACUUUUAAUAUUCUAGCUUCAGAGAACACAUUGACCAUGUCUUUCCUCCUUAACUUGACAUUCCUGAUUUGUUAAACUUGUGUUCCAGAGGUUGGUGAAUGAGAGAUGUCUUGUUGCAAUGUUCCCAACUGUGGACAUGGAAACAUGUAUAGAAUGAUAGAUGGAGGGAGACAGAGGGUAGGUAAAUGGGG